AUUAUUUAAGAAAGCGGUUUGUAACAAGAUGAUCAUUUUCCUUAAAAGCAAAGCAAGAGAAUCAGAUCAGUUUUUCUACUCAUAUUCAGAUUUUCCAUGAUGGAAAAAACAGAAGUUCUGGCUAUGACAUUUGUCUGUUUUGUCCUGGCAUUCUUUGUGGCAUUUUGGACUGACAGUUUUAUCCUCACGUCGGUGGUGUGUGGUCUCCAAGUUGGAGCUAGUGUCUGGCUUGUUACUCUCUGGGAUUUUAAAUGGGGCACCACAAAAAAUCCUGGUUUCAUCUUGUGUUUUGGCUUCGGCAUUGGAUGCAAAGUACUGGGAGUGUUGAUGCUUCUAUUUCCUCUUACUGGAUUCAGCAUUUUCAGUUCAUUUUACACUGCUGGAACCAUAUGCACCCUGGGGAGCCUAAUUUUUCUGAUUGAGCACUCAGUGCAAAUGAAGAUCAAUGAAAUGGUUGAAGCAAAAGUUAAAACUUUUGUGAAUGAUGCCUCAGCACACGUUAAGAGACUAUCUGAACAAUUGGAGAAUGUUUGCAACAGUUAUAUGGAUGAAUCUAAGUGGGAGACAUACACUGAAUGGUAUAGUGAUAUUGGAGGAAUUGCUCAGUGUCUAUGUGUACUGCUUUUUCCCGAACUUGGAGUCCUUCUCUUGGCUCUUAAUGCAGUGUUGGAUGUAGGGGUGAGGAGACAAGCAGGUGUUGGAGUAGUGGUUCUGGGAGCUGUAGGGGGAAUGGGAGUGCUAGCUCUUGUAGGUCUAGCGGGGUUAGGAGGACUGGGUCUAGGUUGUCUGGGAGGAGUUGCAGCUCUGACUAUGGGGGGUCUGGGUGGACUUGGUGCUCGGGUUUUUGGGAAACUAGAUGGACUUGUGUUUCUGACGCUGGAGGUUUUGGGUGGACUGGCAGCUCUUAGUAUGGGUGGACCAGGUGGACUUUGUGCAUUGGCUAUAGGGAACCUGGGUGGACUUGUAACUGUCAUUAUAGGGGGACUAAAUGAACAUAAAGGUACGGGAGGCAAGGAAAACCAUCCAAGUGCAGCCCUAGCUAUGGGGGUUCUGGGAGGAAUAGCAGCGCUGGCAAUGGGAGGCUUAAAUCUGCUUGGUUCUCUGGCGAUGGGGGGCCUGGGUGGCCUUGGUUCUCUGGCCAUGGGGAAGAUGGGUGGACUCAGUGGACCUGGAGGUGUAAGAGGCCAAGGAAGUCCAAGUAGGGAACAUGAGAAUGUGCAUGACAAGAAACCCAGGGGCGGAAAGAAACAGGAUCAAAUGGAUGGAAAAAGUAACAAACUUGAGGACAAAGUUAAACACAAGCUUAUGAAGGCUUUGCAUUAUGUAAUCCUUGCUGCAGUCCUGUGGUUCUGGGGACCAGCUUUGAUGCUUCUUCUUCUAAAAUUCCUUGUGUGGGCGCUGUUUUACAUUCUGCGCCACUGUCCUAAACCUAUUUUGGCCAUUCUUUGCUUCAUCUUUGGAGCUGGAUGCACCAUUAUGGGAGUCUAUCUGCGAUUUCUGCCUGGUUUCUCAAUGUUAUUGUUCAGUAUCUUUUACACCGUGGGCAAUGUUUGCAUGUUGGAAAGCACUCUGCCCUUCGAGGACUUCUCUAAACAGCGAAUUAUGAUGUUUGACAAUACUAGGGUAGCAGUUACAUCUGUUUUGCUUAGUUGUCUUGUGCUGACUCUGCUGGCACUGUUCUGGUGGCAGAGCUUUGAUCUGUCUUUGAUGUUUUGCAUUUUGCACAUUUCAUCAAGUGCCUGGUAUUGCCUAAUUUUGUGGGGUGUGGAAAUGCCUCGGAUUUUCUCUUGGUCAUUUGACUAUGUGAAGAAGAAAUAAAUAAUAAUAAUAAAUAAAAGAAAAAAGAAAUGAUAAUCCUUACUUUGAAAUACAAGAUACAGAUUAAAAACUGUUCUGCUGGAAAAGUCGUUAAGACUGGUCUUUU